ACAGAUUAUGGCUGUGACAUUGAAAAGGGGAGUGUGUGCACUUAUCACCCUGGUGCUGUGCAUUGUGUAAGAGCCAUUCAAGCCAGUCCCCAGUAUGCAGCAGGACAGCAGUGUUGCUACGAUGCCACAGGGACUCAGAUCCUCACGCAUGACUCCACAGGAGGCAGCACACCUGAUCGAGGCCAUGACUGGGGUUCACCACCUUUCAUGAAGCCUCCCCGAAUACCUGGUUUUUCCCAUUGGCUUUAUGAUGUCAUCAGCUUCUAUUACUGCUGCCUGUGGUCUGAUAAUUGUCACUUCUAUAUGAAAAGGCGACCCUCCAGUGACUGCAAGACGUAUCGCCCACCUCGAGCUGCAUCUCUUUUUGGGGAUCCUCACUUCCUCACAUUUGAUGGUCUGAACUUCACCUUCAAAGGCCAAGGAGAAUACACAUUAGUAGAGUCUGAUCUCACAUCCCUCAGAGUGCAAGGGAGGACACAGCAGGCACAUUUUCCCAAUGGAACUGGGGCUCAGGUGACAGGUUUGUCUGCAGUAGCCAUGCAGGAGAACGACUCUGAUGUGAUUGAAGUACGCUACUCAGAGAAUUUUAAUCUGGAAGUUCUGUUGAACCAGAAGGUUGUAGACUUCACUGAACAAAGCUGGAUGGACCUGAAAGGUCUCUUUCUCCAUUCUGCAGCUGAUCAGAACAUCACAGUGAUGUUCUCUUCUGGAUCUGGAGUGGAAAUAAGGGGAAAUGGGGCAUUUCUGACCCUGACAGUUCUGCUCCCAGAGAAGUUUAUAAAUCACACACAGGGUCUCUUUGGGGUAAUGAAUGGCAAUAUAGAGGAUGAGUAUACCUUCAAGAAUAAAACCACCAUGUCAGUUCAUGCAAGUCCCCAGCAGCUGUUUGAGUUUGGAGCUAACUGGGCUGUUGAAAAUGGAACUUCUCUCUUCACUUAUGACACAGAGUUCUUACUGAACAAUUUCUUUUAUGGGGAAAAGCACAACGCUUCCUUUCUGCCCGUGUUCUUUCCUUAUGAAGACCCUGCUGAUCCUCUGGUGAAAGAGAUGGUCUUGCUCUGUGACUCUGACCCAUUCUGCAGAUUCGAUGUCCUGACAACCCGAAGUCUUCAAGUGGGAAAUUCCACAAGACUAUCUCAUCAGAAUCACAAGCUGUUGGUAGAAAAUCUAGAGCCAGUGGUCUCUUGUGGCUGGCUGAAUCAUCCAGCCAAUGGAAGAAAGAAUGGAACUAACUACCUGCUGGGCUCAACCAUCAGUUUCAUCUGCAAUCAGGGCUAUGAACUGACUGGAUCAAAGGAAAUAAUUUGCCAAGUGACGGGGGCCUGGUCUGGAGACACACCCAGCUGCAUCCUGAGAACAGAUAUCAAACAAGUAAUUCUUCUUGGCUGUGUAUUUGGAAUCGUUGGUCUUGCAGUCCUGGCACGUCUGACUUUCUUAUGUAGAAAGGAGAG